GAGUGUCCUCUCCGCGUCAGCAUGCCAAACUCAAUAGCAUCAAGAAGAAAUUCCACAACCCGACGAGAAGAUGCCGGCGACGAGGACGGCUACGUCGAUGCUGGCGAUGUCGUUAAUGGACAGGUCGCCGAGGCGGUCCGUAACGCAUAUCACAAUUCAUUAAACACAUCUGUCGAAGCCAUCGAGGCAAUUCCCACACAGUUCCAGCGUUAUUUGAGUUCAAACCAUACCUCCGACAACGACAUCCGAAGUCGUCAAUCGACAAGGAUACCAGAUGAGCGGACAGGCCUGCUCUCUCGGGAGCACACGCUCUCUAGAUCGGGUUACCGCACCCCCAUCCCAGGAACUCCCCGCCGCGGUAUACAUCGGACCCACACGAAUUCCCUGCGAAGUGCCAGUCGACGACCUUCGAGGGCCCGCGCAUUCGUGAGGCCGUUUUGGACGGACGAAUCCCGCGCAAGCCCUGAGGCGCGGGAGUCCGGCAAAACAUCGAAGCUCUUCGACGAUCGUGUCUGGUACGAUCAAUUCACAUCAACCGAUUGGGUUCGCGAUGGCAUUGCCGAUGCUUAUCGCGCCAAGGAGCUGCGCAAACGCAAAGAUCUGCGAGGGAGGAUUCUCGCCUUCUUCGAUGGCGCUCAAGGGUGGUUUCUGGUGGCCGUGAUCGGCUGUUUGACUGCCGUCCUUGCUUAUGCUAUCGAUGUCACCGAGGCAGCGAUUUUCGAUAUCAAAUCGGGCUACUGUAGCACGCGCUGGUACUACGGCAAACGACAAUGCUGCGAGGGUCCCAGAUCUUGCAGCGACUGGCGCUCCUGGUCAAGUCUUAUUGAAUCAUCCGACACGAAAGACACCUGGCUGGACCUUGCGGCUUUUAUGUUUUGGGUUGUGUUACUCGCAGCGUUCUCCUGUUUGGUAACUCUUCAGACAAAGACCGAAGUUUCAUCUGCGGUGGCGCUCUCUACCCUAGAUGAGAAUUUGGGUGCUGAACUGCAUAAUCAUGGACAUGGCAAAUCUGACGAGGGACACGACCAAGGCCAUGUGAGUCCUACGGGCCGCUUGCGAGAAGUCGCCAAACGGCCUCCUACAAUCUACUAUCCAGGCGCCGGAAGUGGCGUUGCAGAGAUCAAGGUGAUACUCAGCGGUUUCGUGCUGCACGGGUAUCUUGGCGGCCGAGUGCUGUUCUUCAAAGCUAUAGGUUUGGUCCUCAGUGUGGCCUCAGGGAUGUCUAUCGGCAAGGAAGGACCCUAUGUGCACAUGGCUACGUGCAUUGGCAACAUUGCAUCUCGAGUCUCAUCGAAAUACAGGAACAACGACGCGAAACGCAGAGAAUUGCUGUCUGCAUCGGCGGCAGCUGGCGUGGCCGUUGCCUUUGGAAGUCCUUUGGGUGGUGUUCUGUUCUCUCUCGAAGAGGUCAGUUAUUACUUCCCUCCAAAGACGCUUUUCAGGACAUUCUUCUGCUGUAUUGCUGCAGCGCUAUUCCUGAGGUUCCUCAAUCCCUAUGGAACUGGAAAGAUCGUGCUGUUUGAGGUCAGAUACAACGUCGACUGGAAGAUUUUCGAGAUCUUCGCCUUCAUCAUGCUCGGGGUCCUGGGCGGCGCCAUGGGGGCGUUUUUCAUCAAGGCUUCUCGCUUGUGGGCUAAAACCUUCCGCCGAGUCAGCAUCAUCAAGAAGUAUCCGAUAGUCGAAGUUCUGCUAGUCGCCGUUGUGACCGGCCUGGUGACAUUCUGGAAUCGAUACACGCGGUUGCCCGUGGCCGAAUUGCUCUACGAGCUUGCAGCCCCGUGUGACGCCUUCUCAAGUUCUGGUCAUGGUCUUUGCCCGACACAGGAAAACAUUCCGAAGGUCAUCCGCUAUUUGCUCAUGGCUUUCGUGAUCAAAGCCAUCCUGACGACCGUCUCUUUUGGCAUUAAGGUCCCUGCAGGUAUCUAUGUUCCCAGCAUGGUCGUCGGUGGUCUGCUGGGGCGGAUCGUCGGCCACUCCAUUCAAAUGUUGAUAUACAAAUACCCUCAGUUCCCACUCUUUGCUCGAUGCCCUGUCGAUGGCGGACCAGAAUCUUGCGUUGUUCCGGGAGUAUACGCGUUGGUUGCAGCAGGUGCCACCAUGUGCGGUGUGACCCGCCUUUCUGUCACCCUCGCAGUCAUCUUGUUCGAGCUCACUGGCAGUCUCGAACACGUGCUACCAUUCUCAUUGGGUGUGCUGAUCGCAAAAUGGACAGCUGAUGCAAUUGAACCGCUCAGUGUCUACGACCUGCUUCUGGAGAUGAAUUCAUAUCCCUUCCUUGACCACAAGCUUCGUCCUCUCUUCGAUGCGGAUAUCGGCGAGAUCACGGCCCCCUUGGACUCGAGACGAUACAUUGACAUCUCGGACGCGUCGCGAGUUUCCGCGAGCGAUCUGCGCGAGAAGCUAGACUACAUGCACAUGGCCGGACAUCUUGACGGCGGCCUACCGAUCCUUCGUCGCGGCAUUCUUGUCGGAUUGAUAUCCGGGCCUGAUCUCGAAUUCGCGCUCGACGGUCUCGAAAAGGAAGAAGACACGUAUUGCCUCAUGCGGGCGCCCGAGUUGUGGGAGCAAAGGCCUCUGUCUUCCGCCGCCGGGCCUGGCGAGCACGACAUGACUGCCUCAGGUUAUUUCAGCAUCAAUGCUGACUACGAGACGGGAACCACUGAGAACAAUGAUGAUGAGGAAGAUCAUGAUCCAUCCGACUUCACACGCUACAUCGACACCGCGCCCAUGUCCCUCGACAUCAGCAGUCCUAUGGAAUUGGCAUUCGAAUGUUUCGUGAAACUGGGUCUCAGGUACAUCUGUGUGCUUCGGGAGGGUCGUUUUGUGGGACUUGUACAUAGGAAGGGCAUGACGAAGUAUCUGGCGGACCAAAGAAAGCAAAAAGGACCGCUUUUUGGGCUGUGAUGGCAUACCUUUUGAGGCAUUGUUUGAAGGAAGGUCUGUUUGCGCGUAUAUAUCCGGGUUGCAUUGAGGCUACCAGCAUAUGAAUGUUUGAAAGUCAUUUACUAUCACAUGCAGAUUUUGCUCCUUC